AUGAUGGCGGCAGCGCUUGAUCAACCCCUUUUCGAGUCGAUCGCGGGCGGUCCUGCGACCGACGCAGCCUCAAUCACCCCUCCCCAGAGCGUGACCGGCAAGAAAGAGGUUCCGGAUGGGGUUCCGUCAGAGCUAUCGGAUCUCGAACUCGAUCCCAAUGCCACCGGCGCCCAGGAAAUACCAUCGGUGGAGGCGGAUGAUGAGGAGAUCGAACCGGACCAUUAUUACGGUGGCGGCAAGAUUCCGGUGUUCAAGCCGACCAUGGACCAGUUCCGCGAUUUCCAGUCGUUCAUCAACAAGGUGGAGGAGUACGGCAUGCGGUCCGGAAUCAUCAAAGUUAUACCCCCUAAAGAAUGGACCGAUUCCUUGCCAGCCCUCGACGAGGCUGUGAAGAAGAUCCGUGUGAAGAAUCCGAUCAUGCAGGAAUUCCACGGUUCGCACGGAACCUACACCCAGGCGAACAUCGAGAGACAGAGAUCAUACAACCUGCCCCAGUGGAAAGCGCUGUGUGAAGAGAGCAGCCACCAGCCGCCUGCCCGGAGAGGCGAGCGGCGCAAAAAUCAGGAGCGAGUGAACCGCCCGCCUGCUCCCAAGGCUCAGACAGCUCGAUCAGACUCUCAGAAACGUCGCCCUGGCCCUGGUCGCCCGCCCAAAAGGGCCAACCAGGUGAAGAUCAAGGAGGAGCCGUCAGCCGAUGAGGGAUUGGACAAGAUCAAGCCGGAAGGUCCGCCAACACCGGUGUCGCCUGAAUCCAACCCCGUCGAAGCCAAAACAGAGGAACUGAGCGAUGGCGAAUCGCUACCUGGCCCGAAACCCAAGGGACGACAGCCCAAGUCGGUCACGUCGCGCAGAAAGCACAACAAGGGGGAUGCCAUCGACUACGUGGAUGAAGAGGCCUUCAGAGACUUUGAUUAUCGCAUCCACGACAACGAGGACUACACCUAUGAAAGAUGCGAGGAGCUCGAGACCAACUACUGGAAAUCCUUGAUGUUCAACAACCCCUUGUACGGUGCGGAUAUGCCGGGCUCUCUGUUCGAUGACAACAUAACGACCUCAUGGAACGUUGCCCGCUUACCGAACUUGCUGGAUGUUUUGGGACAAAAGGUGCCCGGUGUCAAUACGGCAUACCUGUAUCUGGGCAUGUGGAAGGCAACUUUCGCUUGGCACCUGGAAGACGUCGACCUUUACAGCAUCAACUACAUUCACUUUGGUGCUCCGAAACAAUGGUACAGCAUCUCACAGGAGGAUGCUCCUCGCUUCGAGCAGGCCAUGAAGAGCAUCUGGCCCAGUGACGCUAAGAACUGCGAUCAAUUUCUCCGCCACAAGACCUACCUGGUUUCCCCCAAUCUGCUCAAGUCCCAGUACGGCAUUACCGUGAACAAGUUAGUGCAUUAUGAGGGCGAGUUUGUCAUUACUUACCCGUAUGGGUACCAUUCCGGCUACAAUUUGGGGUACAACUGUGCCGAGUCUGUCAACUUCGCAACCGAAAAGUGGCUCGAUUACGGUCGGGUCGCCAAGAAGUGCCACUGCGAGGCUGAUAGUGUCUGGAUUGAUGUCGACGAGAUCGAACGCAAACUCCGGGGCGAAGCCACGCCCGAGUAUUAUGGCGAAUUCGAGAGUGACUUAGACGAGAUGGAAGGGGUUUCUGAUCUUCUGACGCCUCCGCGCAGUGUCCCAGAAAAGACAUCGACGCGUGUCCGCAAGCGAAAGCAUGACGGUGAAACCACCAAGGCCAAACGCUUGCGGGUCAAUAUGGAAGUCCCACGCAAGAUUCCCUGUGUCUUGUGUCCCAACAAUCUGGAUUAUGAGGACCUCUUGCCCACCGAGGAUGGCAAAUCUCAUGCUCACCGCCGCUGUGCCUUGUAUACCGAGGAAACAUCGGUCCUUCGCGACGAAAGUGGCAAGGAGGUGGUGUGUGAUGUGGAUAAGAUCCCCAAGGCCCGCAUGGGUCUCAAGUGUCUCUUCUGCCGCGAAGUCCGCGGGGCCUGCUUCCAGUGCAACUUUGGCAAGUGUACCCGGUCAUACCACGCCACCUGUGCACUGUUGGCCGGCGUUCAGGUGGAACAGGGCUUAAUUGCGGUGAUUGCGGACGAUGGGAAUCAGUACUCGAUCCCCAGCGUUGACCUCAAGUGCAAAUACCACCGUCAGAAGAAGCCGUCGUGGAUGGCCAGCGGCGAGUCACCUGACUAUGACCGCAAACUCAUCCAGACCGCCCAGGGCCUGGUGGCGGGGGAUUUGGUCCAGUUCCAGGCGGACAAGGAGAUCAAUGGCGCUAUUGUGCUCCAGAAUCGACCCGAGGAACGGACAUUACUAGUCAAGGUGCUCCCACGAGGGGACGUAAUUGAGUUACCAUACCGGUGGAUGCUGGUGGUGCGCAGGAGCAAUUUCUCACCGCUGGCUCCAGGUACCAGGCCACUGCCCGCCCACUUGGCCCGGAAGCCCGAGGCGCGGAAGGAGCUGGAAUCGGCAGUGCCGGUGGCAGGGAAUCCGUUUGGCGAUGGACGAUCUCCGUAUCAGUGGGCCGAGUUCGAGACGGUGGACAGCACUAAUCACCCUAACCACCAGGCCGCCCCACCACCCACGCAGGUCGACCUCUCCAAGGGCGAACAGAUCUGGUAUUACCUGGGCGAGUCCUCCACUGAGUGUAGGGCACAGUAUACACACAGCCCUAGCGUGCCCGUCCACAACCCGCGCUCGAAUUUCCUGGACAGCGUCAAGUCGCUCGGCGCCGUGAUGGCCCGACUCCCCUCAUACCCCCACCAUCUGGCUCCUCCUCACCACUAUGCCGCCCCUCACCACCCUCACCACCUGUCGCCUCUGACCGCCUCUGCGUCUGCUGCUGCCGUUGCUGCCGUUGCUGCUGCUGCCGCUGCCGCUACCGCUACUGCUGCCCCCUCGACCACCACCACCACCGCUGCCGCCGCCGCCGCUGCCUCCCGCCCUUCCCUGUUGCAGCACGCUCCUCCUGCCCCUCCUCGUCCUGCGCCCUCUGCUGCUGUCCCUGCUGCGAUGCCGUCUGCCUACCGAUCCCUGCCAACUCAAUCUGCCCGCCAUGCUCCGUAUCCUCAGGUCACCAAGUCGCACCAUUCCCAAUCCCAUUCUCGUCCCCAGCCACUUCAUCACCACCAGCAGCAACAGCAACAGCAACGGUCCAGCAACCUCCCCGCCAAUAAUUUCGCCAAUGUCCGAGAGCUCAUUGGCCGUCGCCGCCUGGCCCAGAUCACCGAACAUGCCAAUGUGUUCGCCGGGUACACCAUUGUUAGCCCCGAGGUGGUCGUAGAGACGCUCUUGGGCCCCCUGGGCUCGGUCCCGCCGCCCGCCGGCCUGGAGAAGUUGGAAUUAGCCAUGGCCCAACAGCGAGUGCAGCCUCGUGCACCGGAUGGGACGCUGCUACCCCUGCAGCCCCUCAACAUGCGGUCCGAGGAGGUGUCGCGGCUGUUGCAGAUGCUCCGGUUCUCGCUGGUGAGUCAUCGGGAUCAACUGGACGUGCUGCACAAGAAGGAGUCGGAAACCAUCAAGCAAGAGCCGACCAAUGGGACCAGCCUUGCCGCCACGAAGUUGCCUCGCAAGUACGCCUAUCUUGAGCAGCAGCGGGAACAGGCUCCGACCGUCUACCAGUCCCCGUAUGACAUGCCCUCCGGGUUCACGGAGUAUGCCCAGAAGACCCUGGGCCUGACUCCGUGUGAGCCUGAGCUGCCCAAGCCCUCGCUCGCGAAUGACUUCUUUGCCAGCCUCUCGCCGGAGGACCAGGAAAAGAUUCUGAAGACAUGUGGCAGUUUUGUGCAACGGGCCAUCGAACGGUCGACCAGCCACAGCCGGCAAAGCUCCGCCUCCAACCUCCGACUGGCGUCAGCACUGGCUCAGCAGACAGAGAACCCGACCAUCGACAUCACCACGGUCGAGGACAUGCACUUCACCAACCUGGACUUUCCGCUGCAUGCCGACUCUCCAUGCUCGAGUUUCAGCCGGUCGCAUUUGCGGUUCCAGUCCCCCAAUGACUUUGCCAACCACGGGCCUGAACCUCACCACGACCACCAUGACCUCUUUGGCGACCAACAAGCCAACACGAGGUUUUGGCAGCAUGGGCCUUGGGCCGCUGGGGAUGGGAACACGCCCAACGAGGAGACUCGGCCGUUCUUUGGGCCACAUGAACGAUUGAAGCACGACUAUGCUUCCUCGGACAUCUCCCUGGGACGUGGCGGUCCGGGUUCCCUGCACUCGGUCGACAUGGCCGGGUUUGGGAUGGACGGAACGGACGACAUCUGUGCCGUGCUGAGCCCGUGA